CAUAUGAUCUGCCCCUAUGAUCUGCCCUCGUUAAAGAUGGCGGUUUCUGCUUCACUCUUUCAUCAACGAAUCAGAGCUCUUGUUGUUGAAACGCCAUCCCUUAGUAGACAUGGUGGGCAUGAGUGUUCUCAGGUCUGCUGCUGCUUUUGCAGCCAGACUGAGUCCUCUUAAAUCUGGAAAUAAUGCUGCAAAUGUACUCACUCGAACAAUCCCACGGACAGAUAAAGUGGCUGUUCGUUGGGGUCAUGGAAAGAAAAUGUUUGUCAUCAAACCCACUGACUUCUAUGACAGGAGAUUUCUGCGCUUAUUGCAAUAUUACAUCCUCCUGACUGGCAUUCCUAUGGCUGUCAUUGUCACAUGUGUGAAUGUCUUUGCCGGUGAGGCAGAGCUGGCUGAAGCUCCUGAGGACUACGAACCUGAGCACUGGGAGUACUACAAGCACCCCAUCACCAGGUGGAUUGCACGGAACCUCUAUGAUUCCCCAGUAAAGGACUAUGAAAAGAUGAUGGCUGCAAUCCAAAUAGAGAAAGAAAAGGCAGACAUGAGACUGACACAGCUGGAGGUGCGUCGACAGAUGAGGACGAAGGGAGAUGGCCCCUGGUUCCAGGUGGGGACCCUCAACAAGGAGCUAAUUGACUACAGCCCCAAGGCAACGCCUGACAAUUAAUCCAGACGUGUCUGCCAUCAGUACAUCAUGCCGAUCAAUCUCACUGUUUGUACAUUUUUUCCCUUCUUGCGUAAAUAAAGUAUCUAUAUGUACUCUGA